AUGGCGCUGCCAAAGCUGUCAGCCAGCGAGGGGGUGGUGAACACGCAGGCGCUGCCGGCGAGCGUGUUCUGGGGCAGCCGCUGCAAAGACGCGCUGCCGGAAGCGCUGAAGAAGCUGAACUGCUGCCGGGCCUUUCUGAUGGUUAGCCGCUCCCUGCGGAGCUCCUCACCCGCCAUAGAGGAAAUCGUCGCCGCCUUGGGCGACACUUGUGCGGGGGUUUGGGACGGCAUGCCGGCGCACACCCCGAGGGACGCAGUCAUGGAGGCGGCCAAAGAAGCUAAGAAGGUCGACGCCGACGUCAUUGUCACCAUCGGCGGCGGCAGCCUCACGGAUGGCGCCAAGGUGGUGCGCAUCGCGCUGCAGACCAACACGGAGAACGCGGAAGAGCUGGGCCAGUAUUGCUUCAAAGGGGACGUCUCAGCGGUCAAAGACACCAAGCUGAUCCCCCAGAUCUGCGUGCCCACCACGCUCUCCGCGGGCGAGUUUGCGCCCUACGCCGGCUGCACGGAUCCCCUGACCAAGGUGAAGGAGACCUUCGUUUGGCUCGAUGCCUUGCCCAAGGCGAUUGUGUUGGACCCGUGGCUGGCGCAGCAGACCCCGGAGUGGCUGUUCCUGUCUACAGGGCUGCGCUCCGUGGACCACUGCGUGGAGUGCCUCUGCUCCCCCAGCGGCAACCCUUACAGCGACGGCCUCGCGGGCAACGCCUUGGCCAUGCUGGUCUCGGGCCUCCGAGGGGUCAAGGCGGACCCCAGCAACCUGGAGAGCCGGACGCAGUGUCAGCUGGGCAUCUUCCAAGCGGUGCAGGCUUGCCAGAGCGGUCCCAAGAUGGGCGCCUCCCACGCCAUUGGCCACAUCCUGGGGCCCGCCUUCGAGGUGCCGCACGGGUACACCUCUUGCGUGGCGCUGCCGGCGGUUCUCCGCUGGAAUGCCCAGGACGAGGCCUGCCUGGGGCGCCAGGGGCUGGUGGUGGACGCCUUCACCCGCGCGGGCUGUGAAACGGACGAGGCGGGCAGCUGCGUGGCGGCCUUGGUCGCGGAGCUGGGCCUGCCCGGCAGCUUGGCGGAGGUGAAGGUGGCCAGGAGCGAGCUCGAGGAGUGCGCUCGCCGCACCAUGCACGACCCCUUGGUGCAGACGAAUCCGCGGAAGAUCGCGGGCUGGGAGGACGUGAAAGAGAUCCUGGAGCUGUGUGGCCCCUUCGCAGAGAAGUGA